AUGAUCAUGAAUGGGAACAACUAUGGUGCCUACCCCACCCAAGAUGAUUAUCACCAAUAUCAAUUGGACAACAAGCAAUAUGAGCAACAACAGUACCAACAACAACAACCACCACAACAACAACAACAACAACAAACGCCGCAUCAGUCUCUGCGACAGGAGCGUCUCUCUCGUGGGGGUCUUAACAUCUUUUCUUGGAACACAGACAUGCCCAGCGCGCCUGCCCCACGCAUGACGCGCGAGCGGAACACCGAAGAGUUGUUACGACUCAGGCCAACAGACGCAGCGGUGCAGCGCGAUCGUGAGGUGCGGGAGAAGUUCGAGGGGAACACACACAGCCGAUUUCUCUGCUUCAGUGAAGAUGCGCCUCGUGGGGCGGGAGCGGUGGUCCAACACGGACGACGACGUUCCGCCCCGCACCCCGACGGUGGCAUUGCCGGCUUUGCGGGAAUGGGGUUGGGGAAUGGAGACAGAGUCGCAAGGAGGGAAUAA